UUCAAUGCGUCUAAUUUGGUAACCAAACUUGAUUCUUGGUUAGGUGUUUGCUGCUCGAUCGCUCCAUGCCUGGCUGUCAAGGCAGGGUCCAGUUUCAUAAAGGCAGAGCGAGUGAGUACAACAAGAAGCUGCCCGAACAGUAGUCCUAAUUUAAUCCAUCCCUCUCGCCCAAACACUAGUCCUAACAACACGCACACACUCUCUCUUAAAAGAGAUGCAAUGCAAAAGUGAAGCUUCCCCAGCUUCAUCAUCCUUGCGGCCAAUGGAUGAAUGAAUCCAAGCAUUGCAUUUGCAAUACAUUUCUUCAUCUCCUACAAUAUUCUUUAUCGUGGCUAGCUAGCCGAGUAGCUGAUCGCUCUGCUCGCCAAUUGAAGCCAUGAGCGACGUGCCGGGCUUGGGCGGCGGCGGCGCUAAUGGCCGCCACGGCGGAGCAGAGCAAGGCGGCGACACCCUGUUCUGCUACUUCCACCCUCGGGAGUUCCUGGUCGGCGUGUGCGCGCACUGCCUCCGGGACCGCCUCCUGCUCCUCCUUGCCUCCUCCAAGCACGGCGCCGGCGGCGGCCACCGGGCCCGCUCGCCGGCCGACGGCGCCAGCUACCUGUCGGCGCGGCCCUACUGCAGCAGGGCGGUCCGGCGCAGGACGGGCAGCAGCAUCUCGCUCCCCAAGGUGUUCGCGCUCGGCUCCUCCUUCCUCCACCGCCAGCUCGACUAUAACUCCUCCUCCCGCCACCACACCGCCGUCGACGAUGACGAUGGCGGCGAUGACAACAAGAAGAACGGUGCCGGAGCCGAGGAAGACGCCUCCGUUGCAAGCCUCGACGAUUCUUUCAUAUCGAUCAAGUUCGAGGACAACGGCAAGGCGACGUGGGACAGCCAGAAGGCGGCGGCCGGAGCCGGAGACGACGCCAAGCCCAAGGCAGCGACAAAGACGACGACGAGGGCGGUGGUGGAGCACGUGAAGCGGGGCGGCGGCGGCGUGACGCGGUGGCGGAAGCUCUUGCAACUGGCGCGGUGGAAGAGGUCGACGCCCGGCAGCAGGCACCAGCAGCAGCAGGAGCAGCGGUCCAAAGGCCGGAGCUGGAUCCGGAGCCUCACGCGGCGGCGCGCCGACAGAGCCUGGUCCUGACUCACACUCGUCACUCGACAGCCAACAUUUGGAUCAGAUCCGAGUACGUACAUGCUCUCUUGUUUGUACUACUGUACAUGGUAUUGGUAUGGCACGUCCAAACUUCAAUCCAUAUAUAUACACGAUCGAAGUACUAUACUACACACAAUACUGAAGGACUGAUUGACGAAAGAAUGCAUACAGCGGCCGGAGGAAGAUCGAUCCAUCUUGUUUCAGUUUUGAGCGCAAUAGAUAGAUCGAUCCAUCGACAAGUAGAUAUAUCUUUGUCAAUUUUUCAUCAACUAGUAUUGUGCUUUUGAAUAUCCUGCACUGUGAAUUGCAGGAAGGAUAAUUUUUGGUUUUCAAUACAUCGAUCGACAAGUACUGCUACUA